CGGAUACCAAAUUCCUAUCCGGACAAACGACGAUGCAACCUGGCAUGCUGCAGAUCCAGCGGCGACCUGGCACGCUGCCCGACGCGCCACCGACAGCGCGCCGAUGGGAGACGGCUGCAGACGCUCGGUCUCUUGCGCUGCCACCAGCGCCGUCAAAGACCAUGCCAUUGGCGCCACAAUCAGCGACCAAGUCCAAGCCGCCGCGGCAGCCGCCCAAACGACCCACCAACGGCCAGGUCAGCCUCCUCGACUUUGUGGCCAAGCCUGCAAGGAAGGCCAGGGCAAAGACGCUGCCACCAACUCCUGCUGCCGAGGCCAAGUCGGCCGCUAUGCGCGCCACUGCAAAAACGUUUGUUCCAGGCAGUGCGACGCAUCAGGACCCGACGACGACCGACGCGGCGCGUCCCGUCGGCACCAAGAAGAAGAAGAAAUCGACGCUCAAGAAGAAGAUUCUACGCGACCGCGCGGCCAAAUGGGAAGCGUACCACCGCGCCAAGGCCGGCGAAUCUUCUGCGCUGCCAACGGGCGACGGUAACCCUGAAGCGGCGCGGUCUGUGACCAUCGAUCACUUGGUCUCGGUGGACGAAAUCGAAGACGACGACGAGUACGAAGAUACGUUGGCAGACGUGCGUGUGCAGCUGGAGCGGCAUGGUGCGGUCGCAGCCAUCGACAUUGACCGGUCGACCGGCACCGUGACCGUCACGUACAACGAUUCGGCCAGCGCCGACGCUGCAGUGGCUGCUUUGCACACGGCAACAUUUGGCGGACGUCAGCUACUCUGUCUGUACGCGACACCGGCAACGACGGACGCCAUGUCGUGGGUCACGGUCGCCAAGUACUUGGAGCCUGCCGACCUCGCGGACGACGACGAGUUUGACGAAGUCCGAGACGAAGCACAUGCCGAAUUUUCAAAGCUGCAUCCAGUGCAAGCCAUCGAGAUUGACCGAAACACGGGCGUGUGUCGUCUUCAGUACGCAUCGCCGUCGGCGGCCAUGGCGGUCACGCAGCAGUACGACACCAAGCCGUACGGUGGCACUCCGAUUCGCGUCGAGUGGGCCGGCGGCCAGGUCGCACCCGCUACUCGCUCGCCUCUGACAGUCGACGUGCCGCCGGUUCGAAAGCUUCGAAAUGCCAGUGCGAUCCGCGCGUAUGUCGACCAGGAGAUCGAUGAGUGCGGCGAGCUGCAAGUCGGCGUGACGGCGCUCCUGGGGCGUCUCAUGCAGUUGCAGGAGCGUGCCCGGCUGACAAACCCUCUCAAGGCCAAGAAAACGCGCCGCCUCGUGUUCGGGCUCCGCGAGGUCAAGCGAGGACUGAAGAGCCUCAAGGUCAUGUGCUUGCUUGUGGCGUACGACGUGGAUGAGUGCGCGGCGGACGGCGGCCUCGACGACAAGAUUGUCGAGCUCAUCGAUUUGGCCCGCGCCAACAAAAUUCCGGUCGUCUUUGCCCUCUCCAAGCGCAAGCUGGGCAAGGCAGUCCUCAAGACCAUUCGUGUCAGCUGCGUCGGCAUCUACUCGGUCGAUGGCGCCAAUGACAUGUGGACAAGCGUCCAGAAGUCCGUCGCAUCUUUGCAGCACCGACGCGACGCAGCAGAAGCUGCAACAGAGUCGAUGCUGGUGGAUGCCAUGGACGCGCUGUCGACCAGCUAGUAGUUUUGGAUCUUGCUGAGGUGAAAUAUCAUUGUGGGUGACCGCAUACUACCGUUCACACAAUGUAUUGCGGCCGUCCAAUACUGUACUUUUGGG